AAAUAAUUAACAGCAAGAAGAAUAGCACUCUAUUUAUUAUGUUGAGCGCAUUCCUUUAGCAACACGCUUUCCAUGUAAUUAACUGCUGUGUUCCAACCGGAAUUUCAUUAUUCAAAAUGGCUCCCAACCAACCACAGUAUCCCAAAUCUCGCGCUCUCCUCAUCGGGUCCGCCGUCGCUCCAUUGAUGGGCCCUGCACGAGAUCUCCACGUGAUGGAAGAAGUCCUAAAACUCUACGGGUUUUCAGUCACCAAAUGUUCCAAGCCUAGCGACGGCGUAUACCUAGCAAACAGAGCAGGCAUUAUCUCUGCUUGGAAGGCUCUCAUUAACCAAACCGGGCCUUCGGAUGCGGUGGUCAUUUAUUACUCCGGCCAUGGUGGCCUCACGGAAGCUGAGGGAUCUGAAGCCGGCAGGGGGGAGCGCAGGAUGCAGUAUAUCGUUCCCCUCGACUUUGCUGAGACGGUGGAUGGGGACUGGAGAGGGAUAUCCGAUGCAGAGAUGGCCGAUCUCAUAUACCAGACCACACAAAAAACUCAAAACGUCACCAUAAUUCUCGACUGCUGCCACUCGGCGCACAUGGCGAGGGGGCCGACAUGGGCCAAGGCGAUCAAUCCAGAUGAUUACCGCCAGGUCAUGUCACAUAUCAGAAGGAUGCUAGAAGGGAUGGCAUCCAAACACGCAUUCCACUAUGAGCGCAACCCCCAUGUCUUGUCGAUUGUGGCGGCGGGCACGUCAGAACCCGCCUAUGAGAGGCGUUUCCUUGACGGCGAGCGCAUGGGCGUUUUGACCGAGGCCCUCACGCAGACGCUGCGGUCUGCUGUGGGCGCCGAGCUUUCGUGGCGUGAUAUCAUGCGCCGAGUCCGUGACCGUAUGUGCAGGACUUGCCCGGAACAGUACCCCAACAUUGAAGGACCACAAGCCCGCUUGCCGUUCCGGCUCGAGACCGCCAAGGGUGGCGGGGACAUGGCAUUCUCAGUGACGGAAACCGCCCCGGGUGAGUUUGCGCUCAAGGGUGGCGUACUGCACGGCUUAUCACCCGGGGAUGUCCUAGCCGUGAUGCCGUUUGAGGAAGGAUACCUGGUGCAAGACAAGAUGCUUGCUGAGGCUGAGGUGACAGGCGUCGGACCCAUCGCGUCACGGGUCCGGAUGAAGUGGAGACAUGGACGGUCUGGAGGAUUGACCCCUGGCGCCAAAGCGUUCAUGUGGAAGUCGUCAGUCCUGCUUCCCGUCAAUUCUUUUGGACCAGAGGAUUGGACGCGCGAGCUCAGGGAAGAGUUGCGGUCUUCGGCGUUCAUCCGUCUGGCCGACACCGGCGAGGAAAGCGAGAGUAUAGGUGCGGUUGAGCUAAUCGAUAGCCAUCUGGUAAUACGGCAUCACCAACACUACCUAGUUCGAGAGUGGGACAUGUGUGGGAACGAGAAUCGCCACUGUGUCCUUGCAAAAUGCGUUCGCGUGUUGGAAUCUUUGGCCCGAGCGCAGCGUUUCCUCGACAUGAGGAACGAUGCUUCUUCCGAGCUCCUCGAGCUGGCGCUUAGUCAUGAAAUUGGAUACGUUAAAGACGGCUUGCCUGUAUCUUACCCUGGACGGGGCGUGACACUCGUUGAAGACACCAGAAUAUACAUCUCUGUGACUAACACAGGCACCUUCACCUUGUACGUAUCCAUGUUCGACAUCUGCGCUGACUCGGUGACGUUGCUUUCAAACGGAUCACCAAGUGGCAUCGAGUUACUCCCAGGGAAGAUGUAUCGUUUUGGCGAAGUCGACAUUACCCGGGAACUGCGUGGUUCGGUUGUUGGCUGGCCGGCUGAUGUUCCAAAAGCCGAAUCAAUCCCAGAAACCAUCGCCCUCGUCGUAACCUACGACAAAAUUGACCUCCGAAACCUCGAGACGGGACCUGAGUCCGCCGGGCGGGAAAGGAGCCGGGCGUGGGGGCUGGGCACAUGGCUAACGCAUCUCGUAGACUCGAUAGCAUUCGGCGACCUACGCAAUGUCCAAGCAGAAAGACAAGUGUACCAACACAUGCCUUAUCGGGUGGUUAACAUUCCAUGCCAGUUAACACCACGUUUCCCGAGCAAAGGAUGUUGACACAAGAUGCCCCGUCAUAGUGAGACUUGGAGAAUCUUAAAACCGAGGGAGGGUGACUACUAGCUUUCUGAGAUGCAGACUUAUAUUAAGGCAGGUAUAGUUAAUUUAAGCCUUAUACGAUAUAAAGUCCUGUUAUUGAAAUUAAUAUUUAAAAUUAAAAUACCUUAAGUUACUCCUUAU